AUGGGUUUGAGUUCUAAACAGGUUAUUUCUAGCACUGGACUUGAUUGGAAACAAACCUUAUUGGAAUCUCAAGAUUUGGAACUUCCAAAGCCUCAUCAUUUAAUGAGGAAACAGCAACAAAGUCCUCAGCAGCAAUCAGCAGAACAUUUGAAGUGUCCAAGAUGUGAUUCAACAAACACAAAGUUUUGUUACUACAACAAUUACAACAAGUCUCAGCCUCGCCAUUUUUGUAGAGCUUGUAAAAGACACUGGACUAAAGGUGGAACUCUACGCAAUGUUCCUGUUGGUGGUGGAAGAAAGAAUAAGAGGGUCAAAAAAUCAACCACCACACCAGUUACUUCUUCCACCACCACCACCACCGCCGCCGCCGCAGCCGCCACAGCAACUACUGCUUGCACCACCUCAAUUCAAACACCUGAUCUUCAAAAUAUGAUGAUGAUGGACACAAGAGACUUAUUAGAAAGCAAAGAUUUUGGCAUGUUUACUACUACUUCUUCAACUUUACCUAUUCCUCAUCAGAAUCAAAGCUUGCUCUUCCCCUUUUCAACCUCCUCAAGCUCUUUUGACACAACCACUUGUUCAUCUUCCAAUGUUUAUUACUAUGGACAAGAGUUUAAAACAAUGGAGGAACAGGAACAGGAAGAUGAACCUAUAAUUCCUAACACAAAGCCAUGGGAGACACCGAUACCGAUACCGAUACCGAUACCAACAUCAUUACCAUUACCAGCAACAAGUGGUGGCAUGGAAGCUUCAAAGUAUUGGAACUGGGAAGACAUUGAUUCAUUGGUAUCUGCUGAUUUAAAGGAUCCUUAUUGGGAUGAUUCUGAUAUCAAACCAUGA